AUGUCUCAAUCACCGAAGCAAUCCGUCGACAUCGACCCUUCGGCUGCUGUUGACGCCACAGUAGAAAAUUCUCCCGCCCCGCCAGACCAGAGCGAGCAGCAAUGGGCAUCUCUGCCUGAGGCUGCCUCCAGGGCAGCAGGCCACCCCUCCUCCCCCCUUAUUUCCGCCGUCAUGUCCCCUUCCGAGGGUAUGGGCUCGCUCAGUCCCUCUACCACCGAUCGCGUCUUUCCCAUUCGCAGCGCUAUCUCCGUAGACCCUACGCCGACGCCCACGCAGCGCGGACAGGGCGACUACUUCCACCCAUACUCCCGCGCCAACGAUGCGCGCUUGCCGACCGAAGCCCGUCGCCAGUCCCAAGGCUCGACCACCUCUCAGUCGUCGCAGACAUCUCAACGCGGCGUCACCCAUCGACAUAGCGUGGCUGCCACUCCGAAGGCGGAACCAGCUUCUGCGUCGCGCAGAGACUCCAUAAGAGGGCCACAGAGGAGUGAGGGCUCUAGGAUGGGGCCGCUGCAGCUCCCCUCGCAGCUGUUCAGCGACAUGGUGUCCAGCAGGUCGGGCGAGAGCGCAAGUGUCGAGGGAAACGUCAGUCGCCCACCUUCCGAGAAGGUGCAGCGGCCCCCGUCAGCCGGCGGAAUUUCUACAAUGAGCGCCGGGAGCAGCCUAGGGGACAUGACGGGCCUGGUCACGCAUCGUUUCAAGCAUGUGGUGACCGAGGGUGGGCAUGCCGUCAUAACUGGUCGGGACGGAGACACACUGCAGCGAUGCGAGGACGAACCUAUACAUAUUCCCGGUGCCGUGCAGGGCUUCGGCCUGCUGAUAGCGCUGGCGGACGAUCCUGCAGGGAUCGGAAAUCUGCCCGUCCGUAUCGUCAGCGAAAAUUCAAAAAGAAUUAUUGGCCGGUCGCCAAGGGAGCUCUUUGCUCUAGAGAGCUUCACGGAUAUCCUUUCAGAAGAGCAGGCGGACAACCUGCUUGAUCAUAUCGACUUCAUCAAGGACGAAGAUGCUGAUGUCACUACAAACGGCCCAGAAGUCUUCACCAUGUCCAUUAAGAUUCCCAACGCACGGUCGCGCAAGCUUUGGUGUGCGGUGCAUAUAAAUGAUGCCAACCCCGGAUUCGUCAUUUGCGAGUUCGAACUCGAAGACGACCAGCUGUACCCGCUAGUUCCAGCGGCUGACCUCACUCCCGAGCUUCCGGAAGAUACUAUGCAGAGCAAUCCGACUGCAGAAGAGUUCCUGGAGAGCACAGAGACCGGGAGCCGACCUUUGAGGGUUUUGAGGAGGGCAAGGAAAAGGAAGGGCGAAGCCGCGGCUAUGGAAGUAUUCAACAUCAUGUCCCAAGUCCAGGAACAGCUCGCGGCGGCUCCGAAUCUAGACAAAUUUCUGAAGGUGUUGGUAGGCGUGGUCAAAGAGUUGACGGGCUUCCACCGCGUGAUGAUAUAUCAGUUCGAUCAGUCUUUCAAUGGCCGGGUGGUAACGGAGCUCGUGGACCCUAGAGCGACAAAAGAUCUCUACAAAGGCCUCAACUUCCCGGCAUCUGAUAUUCCAAAACAGGCUAGGGAAUUAUAUAAGAUCAACAAGGUACGCAUGCUCUACGAUCGCGAUCUGGAGACAGCCCGGCUCGUCUGCCAAAGCCCCGAAGAUCUGGAAAAUCCACUUGACCUUACCCACUCUUACCUCCGCGCCAUGUCACCCAUCCACCUCAAAUACCUUGCCAACAUGGCAGUGCGGUCCUCCAUGUCGAUAUCCAUCAAUGCUUUCAACGAGCUCUGGGGCCUCAUCGCCUGUCACUCCUACGGACCUCGCGGAAUGCGCGUGUCCUUUCCGAUACGAAAAAUGUGCCGCCUGGUGGGCGAUUCAGCAUCAAGAAACAUCGAGAGACUCUCCUACGCGUCACGGUUGCAAGCCAGAAAGCUCAUAAACACUAUUCCCACGGAGCAUAAUCCGUCUGGCUACAUCAUUGCCUCCUCUGACGAUCUGCUGAAGCUUUUCGAUGCAGAUUUUGGACUCCUGUCGAUUCGCGACGAGACGAAAAUACUCGGUCAUCUUGAUAACUCGCAAGAGGCCUUAGCGUUGUUAGAAUAUCUCCGGAUGAGAAAAAUAACCUCGGUUAUGACCUCUCAAGACAUCACGCAGGAUUUUCCCGAUCUCCGAUACGCUCCUGGUUUUCAGAUCAUAGCCGGAAUGCUCAUCGUGCCUUUGUCCGUUGGCGGCAGCGAUUUCAUUGUGUUCUUCAGGAAAGGGCAGCUCAAAGAGGUGAAGUGGGCGGGAAAUCCGUAUGAAAAGUUUGUGAAAGAAGGCACCGAAGGCUACCUAGAACCGCGGAAGAGCUUCAAGACAUGGAGCGAAACGGUUGUCGGCAAGUGUCGGGAAUGGACAGAAGAAGAGAUUGAGACUGCUGCAGUCCUUUGCCUUGUCUACGGAAAGUUCAUUGAGGUCUGGAGACAGAAGGAGGCGGCACUACAGAGCAGCCAGUUGACCCGGUUGUUGCUUGCCAACUCGGCGCACGAAGUCCGUACCCCCUUGAACGCCAUCAUAAACUACCUUGAGAUAGCCUUGGAAGGCACGUUGGAUAACGAAACGCGCGAGAAUCUGGCCCGUUCACACUCUGCAUCAAAGUCCCUGAUCUAUGUCAUCAAUGAUCUCCUUGAUCUAACAAAAACGGAAGAGGGUGGCCCGUUGAUAAAAGGAGAGUCUUUUGACCUGAAGGCUACUUUGAAAGAGGCUACGGAUAUGUUCAAAGGAGAUGCAAAGCGGAAAAACAUCUCUUACGAUGUCAUCGAGCACCCAGGCUUGCCUCAGCACUGCAUUGGUGACCAGAGAAGGAUACGCCAGGCAAUAUCGAACAUCACAGCUAAUGCCAUUCAAAACACAACCCAUGGGGGCGUCAGGGUCGAGAUGUACGUCGCGGCAAGACCAGCAGCAGAUCAUGUAGACGUUGAAGUUGCGGUCUCAGACUCCGGGUUCGGCAUGAAUUCGAAGAAACUCGAUCAGCUGUUCAAUGACCUUGAACAGGUUCACUCGGAGCCCGCUGCUAUGCUGGACGAUGCCAUCGUGCCAAGCGCCCAAUUGACGGAGCAAGGCGAGAAGACAACUUUAGGUCUGGGUCUUGCCGUCGUUGCUCGCAUCAUCAAGAACAUGAAUGGCCAGCUACGGCUCAAGUCCGAAGAGGGGAAAGGCUCACGCUUCGUCAUACAAUUUCCAUUUGAGCUACCAGACGCUGAAAGCCUCGGGCCCCUUCCCAAAGUUUCACCAGAAGGAAGCAUCACUCCUCAGCCUGAGAGUCCUAUGCCCACACCAGAAGUUGGCGAGCGCACAUUGGUCGCACCGAGCCUAUCACGCAACGCCUCGAGUGGUAGUAAUGAGGUGGAGAGGAAACAGAGCGCAGAAAGUUUGAACAGUAAAGCAAGCCUUCGGAGCUUCAAGAGUGGUUCAAGCCAAAGGAGUAACCGGAGCGACGUUGACAGGCUCAUCGAGGCAAUCCAAGAACCGCAUAUGGUGGAGAAGAGACCGCCAAUGGAGCGGAGAGGCAGCCCGCGAUCCGUUCGGCCUGCUCUCACGAAACGCAAUAGCGCGGCAGAGAGCAUACCGUCCUCGCCGCAACGAGUGCGGUCCAAGAGCCUAGAGCCGACAGAUACGCAGGCAAUUAUCCCACCCCACCAACGAUCCAUGGAAGUCCACGCGCCUGGCGAGGAGAAUAUAAGCUUUUCUGGAACACCGCUCAAAGCGCUAAAAGUUCCAGACGAGACUGGCUCACCUAUCGAUCCACAGCCGAAGACUGGUUCGAUUCUAGGAGAGAUACAUGACGAACCCAAAGAGAUUACUACCAGAUCAGAGUCUCUGUCGCCAGAACACAUGCGUGUCCUUGUCGCGGAAGAUGAUCCUGUCAACAGUAGAAUUGUGAAGAAGAGGCUCGAGAAGCUGGGCCACGAAGUGUACCUGACAAUUAAUGGAGAGGAGUGCGCGGGGGCAUUUGGCGACAAACCUCGAGACUUUGAUGUCGUCUUGAUGGAUAUGCAAAUGCCCAUUGUCGACGGCCUCACCUCGACAAAGAUGAUCCGGUCUUUCGAGAAGACUCAUUCGAACUCAUGGUCUUCCCGUGCCGCGCUGAACGGCCGGGUGCCGAUCAUCGCUGUAUCCGCAUCCCUAGUCGAGAAGUUGCGGCAGGAAUACAUCGAUGCAGGUUUCGAUGCCUGGAUCCUUAAGCCCAUCUCGUUCGCUCGAUUGAACGACUUGAUGACUGCGAUCGUCGACCCUAAUCUGCGGGAGGCCUGUCUGUAUCAACCAGGUGAAUGGGAGAAGGGAGGCUGGUUCCAUAUGGGGCAGAAGAGCCCCAAUGAGACUUCUACCGCGCCAUCCGGAAAAGCUCCACAAUCGAAUCUUGAAGAGGCCACAGAAGAGGCUGCUCGUUACUCGGAUGACCCAAUAGCCGGCGACGAGCCAGGGCAGAUACCAGAGGAACAAGCCCGGCUGCUGCAUGCGCAGGACAAAGGCGAGGGAACGCAUGUGCACUACGAAAUGGGUCCCGAAAAGUCUCCCGAAUCACCUACCGGCGAAUCAUGA